AUGUCUUCCCAAAACAACAAUGCAAGCUUCACGCUUGAGAAUCUCUUCGGCAUGAAGGGCAAGGUUGCCCUCAUCACUGGCGGCGGCUCGGGCAUUGGCUUGAUGGCCACUCAAGCUCUCGCAGUCAAUGGUGCAAAAGUCUACAUCACCGGUCGCACGAAAGAGAAGCUCGAUCGUGUUGUGGAACUGUACUCAAAGGAUAUUCCCGGCGAAAUUAUUGCGAUUUCCGCCGAUGUUACUUCCAAGGAGUCAAUUCAGAAGCUAGUCAAUGAGAUCUCGUCUAAGGAGUCCAAGUUGGAUAUCCUAAUCAACAACGCCGGUAUUAGCUCCGCCAAGCAAAAUACUGACAAGGAGGAUCCUGAAGAGCUCCAACAGGAGUUAUUCCACAACACAAGCAAAGUCAGUGACUGGGAAGAUGUCAUGCGAACCAAUGUGAUGCAAUUGUUCUUCGUCACCACUGCCUUCCUACCUUUGCUCAGUAAGGCCACCGACGAUACAUAUGGAUGGUCCAGCACGGUGAUCAAUAUCUCUUCCAUUUCUGGCCUCAUAAAAGCAUCGCAGCAUCACUUUGCCUACAAUGCAAGCAAGGCUGCUGCUGUCCACCUCACAAAGAUGCUCGCACAUGAAAUCGCCGACUCGGGUGUCAAGAUUCGAGUGAACAACAUUGCUCCUGGAGUAUUCCCAUCGGAAAUGACCGCUAAGGAGAGUGAUGAUACGCAAAAGAGCUCGCUUCCCAAGGAGAAGUAUGAAAGCAAGAUUCCAGCUGGUCGCCCCGGAAAAGAUCAGGAUAUGGCUGGGGCUGUGCUUUUCACUGCUUCAAAUCAGUAUUUAAAUGGGCAGACCGUCGUUGUCGACGGUGGCUAUGUGCUAGCAGUUGGAUCGGUCUAA